GUGACGACCUCGGAAGAAAUAAGAUCUCGGCCUUUUCUUGUUGAAGAAAGGCCUCAACUUCCAGUUGUAGUCACGGACGCAGACGUUCUGUGGGGAAACGUGCUCGCGACAGCGGAAAAAACGGGCAUUCUAUACCGCGGUACAUCCUCCUCGUCGUCUGCGGUCGAGGACCAGCCGGCGUAUGACGGCGAUGGGUUUGUGCAAAGCGUAAUCGGUCCGCAGAUCCGGAUCCGCAGAAGAGAUGUGGAGGACUUCCACACAUUUGCCCUCGCUCUGCGAGGUUUCGUCGGGAAUGACGUUUUGGUGCACGUUUUGGCGGACAUGCGUCUGAAGAAGCACUUCGGACCGCGCGGAGGAGGUGGAAAAAUAACCAGGCCAGAGGACCGUGGAGAUGUAGUUGGCGCAGGAGGUAGUCCUCCAGGACGAGCAACUACUGCAGCCACGACGAACAGUAAUCCGACCGAGCUCGCCGUCCCCUACACAGCGGCAAAUCUCGCGUCCACAAACAGUGAAUUCGCCCACCCGGACGUACAGCUGGCGUUGACCCUGCUGAUGUACUACGAGGAGGGCAUCAGCUUCUCGCAGUUUUCCCGUGUCUUGAAGUUUCUGAUACGGAAACUACAGUCGAAGGCCAAAGUCCACGAGGACGAACAUGUGCGCGACGCAGCCAAAAAUUUUUUUCGCAGCCAGGAGCAGGACGUCGCGGAACGGGACCAGGAAGAGGUGAAAAAUCUUUUGGACUUCGACGGCGG